AUGUUGAGGUUUUAUCACUUGGCCAAAGCAAAAAUGAAAAUGAUGAACACUAGUAUUGCAUGUAUUCUCAAGUUAGUUGGAGCAAUCUUUGUUGCGUUGCAAAUGGCGGACCUUCUUUUCUCCAACUAUUGGGGUGUUGUAGCUGCAAAACAUGUUGGCUGCAUGAAGAAUGAGAGACAUGCUCUCCUUCAGUUGAAGGCCAGCCCUGUGUUGGAUGACACUUCCAGUUCCAGCUUGUUGACUACAUGGGAUAGUAAGAGUGAUGGUUGCUGUGCAUGGGAAGGGAUCGGUUGUAACAAUCAAACUGCCCACGUUGAAUUGCUUGAUCUAAGUCGUCUUCAGAUUGGUCGUUUUCCAGGCGAGAUCAACUCAUCUUUGAUUGAGUUGAGACAUUUAAAAUAUUUCAACAUUAGUGGGAAUCAAUUUUCAAACAGCAUUUUUUCGGAAUUGUGUGGUUCUCUUAUCAAUUUGAGAUUCCUUGACCUUAGUGCUUCAUUUCAUGGGGGAAUAAUUCAAAAUGAUCUCGCUCAUCUUUCACACUUGCAAUAUCUUGAUCUUUCAGAUAAUAACCUCGAGGGUACAAUUCCUCAUCAACUUGGAAGCCUUUCAAAUUUACAAGAGCUUUAUCUUGGGUACAAUGACGGACUCAAAUUUGAUGACAUGAAUAAUCCUGUUGGAGGUCAAUGGCUUUCUAAUCUCACUCUUUUAACCCAUCUUGACUUGAGUAGAACCCGCAGUCUCAAUUAUUCUUAUCACUGGCUGCAAGUUAUUUCUAAGCUUUCUAAAAUACAAGAACUGAGGCUAUCUUCUUGUGGCCUUUCAGAUCUUUACCUUCGCUCUAUGUCCGGUUCACUAUUGAAUUUUUCUACUACACUUGCAAUCCUUGAUCUUUCAUACAAUGUCUUCUCAUCAUCUAAAAUAUUUGAAUAUGUGUUUAAUGCCACAUCUAGCUUAAUUGAGCUUGAUCUUAGCUAUAACAAAUUCAAAGGCGCCAUUGUAUAUGAUUUUGGUAACAUCAAAAGCCCUCUAGAACAUCUUGACUUGUCCGGAAAUGAACUAAAAGGUGGAGUUCUAGAAUCUAUUAGACAUAUAUGUACGUUACAAUCGUUGAAUCUUGAUAAUAACUAUUUGAAUGAUGACAUUUCAACUAUUCUACACAAAUUGUCUGGUUGUGCGAGAUACUCACUGCAACAUUUGGGUUUAAGUUUAGGCCAAAUUAGUGGAACAUUGUCCGAUCUUUCAAUAUUCCCAUCUUUAAUAACAAUCAACCUUUCAAAUAAUAUGUUAAUAGGGAAGAUGCCAUAUGGAAUUCCAAAAUCAUUGGAGUCUUUGAUAUUUCAGUCAAACUCUUUAGAAGGUGGAAUUCCAAAAUCAUUUGGUAACCUAUGUUCAUUAAGAACGCUAGAUUUGUCGAGAAACAAGCUGAGUGAAGAUCUUUCAAUGAUACUUCAUAAUUUAUCUUUUGGGUGUGCCAAAGACUCACUGCAAGAAUUAAACUUGGCAAGGAACCAAAUUAUAGGGGCGAUACCAGAUAUGUCGAUGUUCUCAUCUUUAAGAACUCUGCACUUGGAUUCUAAUAACUUGGAAGGUGUGAUAACCGACUCUCAUUUCGGAAACAUGUCCAUGUUAAAGGAAUUAUACUUGAAUGACAACUCACUGUCUCUUAAAUUCCAUGAAAAUAUGGUGCCAGCUUUUCAAUUGACUACCGUAGUUUUAAGGUCAUGUAAUUUAGGGCCGAGUUUUCCAAAAUGGUUGCAGGGUCAAAAAUAUCUUCAAAAAUUGGACAUUUCUAAUGCUGGAAUCUCGGUUGUAGUUCCAGCGUGGUUCUGGACUCAAAUAAAACAUUUAAGCUUGAUGAAUAUUUCAUACAAUAAUCUCAUGGGCACAAUUCCGAAUUUGCCAAUUAGAUUUUCUGAAGAUUGUCAAGUAAUUCUGGAAUCUAAUCAAUUUGAAGGUUCAAUCCCAAUAUUCUUUCGCAGUGCAUCAUUGCUCCGGUUGUCAAAAAAUAAAUUUUCAGCAACUCCCUUGUUCUUAUGUGCUAACACUACAUCGGAUAAAUUGCAGAUAUUAGACCUAUCAAAGAAUCAAUUAUCAGGGCAACUUCCUGAUUGCUGGAGUCAUUUUAAAUCAUUGGUAUUUCUAGAUUUGAGGGACAAUACUCUCUCAGGGAAAGUUCCAUCCUCAUUGGGUUCAUUAGUUGAACUUAAUGUAUUAAUAUUGCGAAACAACAGCUUCACUGGGAAGUUGCCUUUCUCCUUGAAAAGUUGCACAGGACUAAUCAUGCUAGAUGUUGGAAGUAAUAAAUUCUCAGGACGAAUACCGUGUUGGUUUGGACAAGAGUUGCAAAUGUUAAGCUUACGAAGGAACCAAUUCUAUGGAAGUCUUCCACGGUGUCUUUGUUACUUAACAAAAAUUCAGCUGUUGGAUCUUUCGGAAAACAAUCUAUCAGGACGAGUUUUCAAAUGCUUGAAGAAUUUUACUGCAAUGUCUCGAAAUUUUUCCUCAGCUACAGUUCCAACAUUACUUUUCGUUCACUUUACUAUAAAUGGACUUAUAGAUGGCACUGGAACAUAUGAUUUGAUUCCUCUGUUGAUGUGGAAAGGGGAAGAACGGUCGUUCAAGAAUAAUAAGCUCAUUUUAAGAAGCAUUGAUCUUUCAAGCAAUCAAUUGAUAGGAGACAUUCCAGAAGAAAUAGGAAACUUGAAAGAUUUGGUGUCAUUGAAUUUAUCUAGCAACAAUUUGACAGGAGAAAUUACUUCGAAGAUUGGAAAGUUAACAUCACUUGAAUUUCUUGACUUGUCAAGAAACAAUUUCUAUGGUUUAAUUCCUUCUUCUCUAACUCAAAUUGAUCGUCUGACCAUGCUGGAUCUGUUGGAUAACAACUUGUCCGGAAGAAUUCCAAUCAGCACGCAAUUGCAGAGUUUCGAUGCAUCAAGUUAUGAGGGAAAUGUUGAUCUUUGUGGGAAGCCACUUGAUAAAAAAUGUCCCGGGGAUAAAGAAAUUGCGCCUCAGAAACCUGAAAUAUAUGAAGAAAGUGAACCAGAAGAUAAAAAACGAAUUUAUUUGAGUGUGGGAUUGGGAUUUAUCACAGGAUUUUGGGGACUUUGGGGAUCAUUGUUUCUCAUCAGGAUUUGGAGACAUAAAUAUGUGUUGUUCUUGAACAACAUAGUUGACACAAUGUAUGUGUUUAUGGUGCUGAAUGGAAUUAAAUUCAAAGGUGGCUUAAUUGGGUUGCUAUCAUUGUUGGAACACUUAUUCAAGGAGUUUCAACCUCACACCUUUUGA